AUGAAAGUAGAUAUCCAGAUACAUUCGGUAGACUGUUCUGAAUUCAUAUGUGCAAUUUGUUUUUAGGUUUUCAAUAAACCAAUUAAAACAUAAUGUGGGUAUAAGACUAUUUUUAAUAUAGACAUAAUUUUUGUGGUAAAUGCAUCUCUAAUUGGAUGAAAAUAAAAAAGCAAUGUCCUUGUUGUAGAAAAGUAUAUACUAACUACAACUUUUAUAAAAGAGAUGAUAUUAUGUCAUAAAAAGUAGACUAGUUAGAGGCCACAUGUUUAAGAUGCAAUAAAUGGAGUGGCCAAUUAAUAGAUUUAAAAAAUCAUCGUUUAUACGAUUGUAUAUCAAUAUCACCUAAAGUUGAAUCAAAUGAAGCCUUAAUUAUUUAAGAUAAACCUGAAGACCUCAUUUUAACUAUUAUGAAUGAAAUUCUUUUAAUUAAACAGUAAUAGAAUUAUAAUUAACUUUUGGAAUUCGAAAAUCAAUUUUUAGAAGAAUAGUAAAUACAUACUAAUGAAUCAAAAUUAAGAAAGAAAAGAAAAAUAGAAAUUAAUAAUAAUCAAAUCUAAAAAGAAGAUGAUGAUGAUGUUUAAGCAUUAGAUGAAGAAGAAAUUAAUAUUUUAAAAAGUUCAUAAAAAUAUAAAACAAAACAAUUAAAUAAAAGGUAUUAAUUGCAAAAUAAAUUUCUUAAAGAGAUAAUGGAAAAUUAAUAUAGAAUUGAAACUAAAUAAUUUUUUUUCUCACUUAUACUUAACAGGAAUAUUUUAACCUUUAACCACUUAAAUUGGUAGUUUUGA